CCAAGUAGCUUGUCUUUGAUGAAGAUUUGUUUUUGAAACAUUGCGGUUGCAAUUUUAGGACAAAUUUUGACAUGUCCGAGGAAGUUCCGAAGAAAAUAUUCCGCCAGGUACUCAAAGGAGUGUCCUACUGCUCUCGUACGAUGAGUCGAGCCACCUUAAGGGACAUCGUGGCGUACGUGUACCUUAAAAAUGGCCGCGAGAUCACCACUGAAGAAGCCACCAGCUUCACCAAAUCCGCUCUCGCCCAACUUUGCAACAGUGGCCUCAUCCGGAACUCCCACAACUGCUACCAGCUGCACGACGCCCUGAACUUGAGCCAACCAGGCCCGGUACGACGUAGGACUACGCGCUCUACCCGAAGAGGAGCCCCCAUUUGAUUUGACGCUAGUUUUUUGAAUAAAUCCUUCGUAGAACUGCA